CCAGGGGCGAUGGAGACAGAGCUACAUCAACAGAAGUUUCUCACCUUGGAAUGCGAGGGACGCUCCCGCAUCCCCUGCACCUCUCCAACUCGGCGUUGUAGGAGGGCCCCAAACUACUUUCUCCACCUCCUCACCCUACUCCCUGCAAGCGAGGAGAAGGCAGCUGAGAGCCCCUACCACGGCUGGCCUUCUUUUCACGUUGUCUGCGGGGAGAAAGGGUGCAAGGAACAGCUUGGUGCUGGGGAACUGACCUCUGGUCUGGUGGGCUUCUGGCUGGGGAGGGCCGAAGAGGAGUGGCUGUGGCUGGGGGACUCCAUGCGGGGGCCAUGGACAGAGCCGCGCUCCUGGGACUGUCCCGCCUGUGCGCGCUGUGGGCAGCCCUGCUCGCGCUGUUCCCUUGCGGAGCCCAGGGAAACUGGAUGUGGUUGGGCAUUGCCUCCUUUGGGGUCCCGGAGAAGCUGGGUUGCGCCAACUUGCCGCUGAACAGCCGCCAGAAGGAGCUGUGCAAGAAGAAACCGUACCUGCUGCCGAGCAUCCGCGAGGGCGCCCGGCUGGGUAUUCAGGAGUGCAGGAGCCAGUUCAAACACGAGAGAUGGAACUGCCUGGUGACCGUCACCGCCCAGCCUGGCACCAGCCCUCUCUUUGGCUACGAGCUGAGCAGCGGCACCAAGGAGACUGCAUUUAUUUAUGCCGUGAUGGCCGCAGGCCUGGUUCAUUCUGUGACCAGGUCAUGCAGUGCAGGCAACAUGACCGAGUGUUCCUGUGACACCACCUUGCAGAACGGCGGCUCGGCGAGUGAAGGCUGGCACUGGGGGGGCUGCUCUGAUGAUGUCCAGUAUGGCAUGUGGUUCAGCAGAAAGUUCCUAGAUUUCCCCAUCAGAAACACCACCGGAAAAGAAAGCAAAGUACUAUUAGCAAUGAACCUACAUAACAAUGAAGCUGGAAGGCAGGCUGUCGCCAAGUUGAUGUCUUUAGACUGCCGGUGUCAUGGAGUUUCUGGCUCCUGUGCUGUGAAAACAUGCUGGAAAACCAUGUCUUCUUUUGAAAAAAUUGGCCAUCUGUUGAAGGAUAAAUAUGAAAACAGUAUCCAAAUCUCAGACAAAAUAAAGAGGAAAAUGCACAGAAGAGAAAAAGAUCAGAAGAAAAUACCGAUCCAUAAGGAUGAUCUGCUCUACGUUAAUAAGUCUCCCAAUUACUGUGUAGAGGAUAAGAAACUAGGGAUCCCAGGGACUCAAGGCAGAGAGUGCAACCGCACGUCAGAGGGUGCAGACGGCUGCAACCUCCUCUGCUGUGGCCGCGGCUACAACACCCACGUGGUCAGGCACGUGGAGAGAUGCGAGUGCAAGUUUAUCUGGUGCUGCUACGUCCGCUGCAGGAGGUGUGAAAGCAUGACUGAUGUCCACACUUGCAAGUGACCACUCCAUCCAGCCGUGGGCGAGCGUCCUCAGUGACGAACAACAGGAGAACCCCGAGACGGUGCCUCCCCUGUGCAGGGCUGGGGGAUUUGACUCCCCCCUUGGAAUUCCCAGAUCCUCCAGCCUCUCUCUGUGGUCCCUUUACCUGAUGGUUGUCCAAUCAAUCACACACUGAGCAUUCUUGGGAUUCUAAAGUUCAAAACAUUUAGGUUCAUCUUUUGGUGGUUUGGGGAAUUUACUGACAGGAGGAUAAUCUGUCUCCUAAGCAAGAAAGACCAGGAAAGAGCCUUCAUGUCGAGAGACCUGGUCCAUUCUCAGGAUAAGAUCCUUGGCCAUGGAACUCAGUUAUGGAACUCAGUAGCGGUGGGUAGAUAUUAGUCAUUUUUAAAAGACAUCUCUUAUAGCAGCAAGGAGCAGUAAACAUGAAUCUCAUUUAUUCUCUCAGUAUUUUUUACAAAGAAAUCAUACUAAGUGUUUGCUCAUAGAAACAGAAGAUGUUGACAAGUUUAACAGAAGCGGUGAGUGUCUAUUAUCCUUUCAUUCAUUUCAGAAGAAAGGCAAUUAAAACGAACCUUCAAAGGUGAUAAGAUGCCCAUAAAAAUUGUUUGCUAGAGAUGUUUAGUGACAAAAUGAAAGACGCGAAGUGUAAAAAGUAAACGUAUGAUUUGGAUUUUAAGUGACUUUCAACCAGGAGUAUUUAUCUAGAAAAAUAUCAGUAAGAUAUAUAGCAAUCUUUGAUCUUUGGUUUCACACUUUCAUCAGAGACCAGUUUCCACUAUUAAAAACUCAGCUCUGAAGUAUUUGGGAAGGAAGGGAUCCUGAAAGCUUAUGAGGAAAUUGGUGGUAAAAAUAUAAAAGGCUUUCAUACAUUGUAAGGAAAAGCACCCUUUACAUGUGUAAAGACAGUGUUUUGUAUGCUAUUUUGCUAAAUUUUUUUUUUAUAUUUUGUAAAUACAGUAUUUAAGUUAUAUGAUACAUCUUGAAACUUAAGAUAUUUAUUGCCAAAGCCCAAGGGCUAAGGCAAUAACAUUAUCUCAGAAAUAAUAUUAGCUUCUGUUUCCUUUUAUACUAUUAACGCUGACUUUUUUUAUACAUUGGGAAAGAUGUUCACUGAACAGUUACUUAUAUGGAUGUGUAUUUCUUGCCAAAGUGGCAAUUUUAUAUGUUAUAGAUUAAACUAUGCUGCAGAAUAUUGAUAACUAUGUGAUUUCAGAAGAUUAGUUGGAUUCUGUUUUUAAUUAGUUAUGUUUCACUUAUAAGGUUAUUGUAAUAAAUUAUACAGUAAAAGUCUUAACUGGAAAAAAAAA